CGCCGCCGGGAGCGAACAGCUGGAGUCCACGGCCGAUGCCAUUUGGGCGCCUGCACUCCACGGCAAGGAGCGAGGACGAGGGGCACGGUUUUGAGGAUGGUCUCCAGUUGGGCUCGCAUCACAGAAACCCUAGCAACCGCGAGUUCUUGGAGGCUCCUGGCCUCACCACCCACUUCAUCUUUUUCCGUGUUUCUGAGCGGAGGGACAGUUAUGGAACCUCUGAUGAAAUGGGGUCAGGACCACCACCACCACCAUUUAGCCCUGAUCUGCGUGCCAGGUCCCUCGCAGCAGCAGGUGGACAGCAGACUCGGCGAGCUCCUGAAGUGCCGGCAGCCCGCGCCGCCCGCCGCGCCGCCCCCGCGGCCACCGCCGCCGGGCCCCUGGCCCCUGUCCAGCGUCCCUCUCAGCCGAGGAGGAAGGCCGAGCAGCACGGGGGUGCCUGAGCCCAGGAAAGCCAGCAGGCCAGCGGGACCGCGGCUGCCUGGCGGAGCGGCCCCAGCUGCCCAGGACUCCCGGCUCCCGCCGCUGCUUUCAGGGCCGAGGCUCGUGUUCAACCGGGUGAAUGGGCGGCGGCCCCCUGCCAUGUCCCCCUCCCUGGAGGGGGCCCAGGAGCCAUACACGCUGGCCCACGAGGAGAACGUCCGCUUCGUGUCUGAAGCCUGGCAGCAGGUGGAGGAGCAGCUGGGCGCCGGCUCGGCUGGUGAGAGCGGCCUGAGGCCAGUGCAGUAUGUGGAACGGACCCCCAACCCCCGGCUGCAGGGCUUCGUGCCCAUAGACCUGGACGAGUGGUGGGCACAGCAGUUCCUGGCACGGGUCACCAACUGCUCCUAGCCGCUGCCGGAUGGGAAGAAGGACGCCAGGAAGCAGGCCGCUGUUUGGGGCUGCCCUGCCCCCAGGCAGAGGAGUGCAGCACCCACACCGUGCGGGCUACGCCACAGGGACCUGCUGAGCCCGGCCUGGCGGGUACUGCUGAGCCACCCCUGGAGGACCAGCGUCCGUAGCACCCGGAACUCUGUUGUUGCCAACCUCUGACCUCGCCGUGCCAGUUGCCAAGAGCCGGGCGGACCUGCUGACCUCAUUCCUGCUCACGGUGCCCUGAGACCAGCCCUAGGGCUGGUAGUGAGAACCUCCAAGCUAAUAAAGCUGAGAAACUGCC